AUGCAAUUGCAUGGCAUUGUGUCGCGCGUCUGCAACAACUCCUGUCGAUUGCCGCGGUCUUCCCCUACAACUGCAGAUGACCUGCCGCACGACGGAUGGCAUACGGUAGUAGCUGUUGGCAGCGCUCGGCAGCAGCAUAACCUAACUGCUCGCAGCUGCUCCUGGCGGCGGACGCAGCGGCUACAUUAUUGGCGGUUCAAUUCCUCGCGCACCGCUGCAACUCUUGGAGCACCGCUACAGCUCAUGGGGCAUGGUUUUCUCCUUCCUGCCGAGGUGGCGCAUGGAAGCAGCUACAACUGGCGUACACCAGCACCUGGUGGACAGCAGCACCUGGCAGACAGCAGCACUUGGCGGGCUGCACUUGCAGAAGCAGCAGCUGGUGGCACACAGCAUCUUCAGUGCCUGGCGGCCUGCAGUUUCCUCUCACGCCAUGUAGCUAAGCGGCGCACGAGCUGUAGCCUCGGCUGGUGGCGCACUGGAGUAGUACCAGCAGCGCGGGGUGAGCGGCUACCAACAGCACGUGCAGUACCAAGGUACUUGGUAGCAACAGUAGCUAGCAAACUGCAGCGGCAGUUGCUAGCUUAUAAUGGUGGCUAG